CACGCCGCUCGCGCUCUAAGCCUUGCCCACGCGCUCGCACACGCGCUGCAGUGAGCUGGACCGGUGGGGGUUUGAUGAUGUCCGAGGGGAAGUGAGCAGGUGUGAACAGCGAGUUCGGUUCGGGGUUUUAAUCCGAAUCAUGUCUGAAGACAGUAGAAAGCGCAGCUGGCGCGUGCGCACGCACGGAGCCAAGCGGCCGCGGCAGGAGCGCGCGCUGGGCGCGGGCAUGCAGGGCGUGCUGAUCACCUGUAACAUGAACGCGCGCAGGUGCACGGCGGAAGCCUACAGCCUCCUGGGAGAGUACGGAGAGCAGCUGUACGGCCCUGAGCAGUUGGGAGGUCCUGACGGCAGUGGCAGCGAUGAGGAGGAGGAGGAGGAAGAUGAUGUGGAGGCAGCUCUGAAGAAAGAAGUGGCGGAGAUCCAGUCAUCCAGCAAGAAACGGCAGCGGCGCUUCCAGGCGGUGGACAGCGGAGCCAAUAACGUCGUCUUCAUCCGAACGCACGACGUCGACCCGGAGAAGCUGGUCCACCACAUCCUGCAGGACCUUCACCAGACAAAGAAGAAGAAGUCUCGGGUGAUCCUGCGGAUGCUGCCGGUCAGCGGCACCUGCAGAGCAUUUCCUGAGGACAUGGAGAAGUACCUGAGCUCUUACCUGGAGCCGUGGUUCAAAGCUCCAAACCACGCCUCCUACCAGAUCAACUUCAAGGCCCGAAACAGCAGCCACAACAAGAGAGAGGAGGUCAUCAAAUCUCUGGCAGGUUUGGUGGCGAAGCUGAAUCCGGCGAACAAGGUGGAUCUGACCAACCCCGAGCUGACCAUCAUCGUGGAGAUCAUAAAGUCUGUGUGCUGCGUCAGCGUCGUCCGGGACUACAUGCUCUUCAGGAAGUACAACCUGCAGGAGGUCACCAAAGCAUCGGCCAAUCAGGAGCAAGGAAAACGAGCAGCGGAGGCGGAGCCUGAGAGGAACGAGGCGGAGCCUGAGCAGAAUGAGUCAGAAUCAACACAGGUCAAAGAGGGCGGGGCGGACGCACAGAUGGAAGGAUGAGCCAAGGAGACUGAAGAGGCGGAGCCAGAGUGAUUGACAGUUGAAAUACAGUUGCACUCCUGAGCGAUCAGUACAGAGCCCGGUCCUUUUUUACUGGGCCUGUCUGCACUCGCAGACUGGGAUCUGCUUUCUAAAGGACUUUAGAGGUUUAAUUUAGUCCAGACUGAGACCGAGACCCUGUGUCGUGUGACGGACAGUUCGUUUUGAGGAAGCUUCUCUCCGUUUUAUGGGUGUGAAACGUUGGAACAGUGUGGACUUUAGCGGUUUAGUGGCCAAGCGGUUCACCGCAUCAGUUUAGAUUUACACCUUUAGAGGACAGAUGGAGUUUAGACAACACUUACACUGCUCUGAGUUCUAGGUAUUAACCAGGUACGUGUUGGGUACAAGCUCUAAAGUACUGGAUAAGAAUUGUGGGGUAACAUGAUGGGAAGUUCGGAGUCAGUUUUAACUAAAUUAUCUUGAAAAGCUCAACCAGUUCCAGACAUUAACUUGGUUAGCGUGCUGUGUAGUCAUGUUGGAUAACUAAAAGACACUGAAAUGAUCAGGUUCUAGCUAUUAAACUAAAAGAACACAGUAAAAUAUCCCUCUCUCUCUCUCUUUGGAGUGACGGGUUAGUAAUGACAGUUGUACCACGUAAUGACUGUAGAACGUGCAUUUCAGUGCAAUUCACUCAGACUGCCUUAGAACUUACCAUCUUGUUAUCUCUAAUAGUUAUCUAGUACUUCAGAGUUUGUACCCCACACUUAAGGAACUGUUUUGUCCAUUCCUAAAUAGGAUUAACUCUGGAUUGUUGCUUUGUCAGUUUAUCAUUGUUUGUUGGAAAUAAAAAACAGAGAACCCAUUAAGUGUUUCUGUUGGUUCCUGAUGGUUCUGUAAUGUGUUUUGUGUUUUUUUUUUAUAUCCCAGCGUAAAAGGUUUAAAUGGUGACCAGUGGGUGAUUCUAAAUGCAUUUGAUGGAUUCCUAAAGUCUUUCUACUAACGCUGAAUAAAAGUACCAAGGAAGUGUGA